AUGGUGAUAGUGAUUGAGGAAGUUGGUCAGGAAUUACUCCAAGUUAAAAAAUCUAUACAAGAGUUUGAAUUAAACCAUGUCACUGCACUGCAAUCAAUCCCAUCCACUGACUUGAUGAUUAAACUACAGGACGACAUCCAGAAGUAUCAAAAUGAACUUAUUCGUUUUAAGAAAAUUAAAGUAGAAAAGGUUAAACAUGACUAUAAAUUUCAUCAAGUAUACCGCUGGCUAAGCGGGUCCGAUACUAAUACACGGAACCCUCCUCCGAAAUUUAGAACACGGAUCAGAAAACCAUCUCUACAAACAGUAGAUAUCAGCUCAGGUGAAUCUGCCUCAGAAGGGGAAUACAGAGGUGAUACACAUAGCAGCAAACAAGUGACUUUUUUGAGGGAAGGCGCACAUGUAAACGAUCCACCACGGAUGCCCAAUACCAGUGGACAAGACAAAAGAGACCUAAGAGACACCUCAGACGUGGACAAAAGGGUCACAAGAAAUACAGGAAACACGGGCAAACCUCCCAGACAGCGGAGGUAA